UGGUGUUCUAGUCGCAUGCCUUAGCCCGCGGCGUGCGAUAAUUGCGUUACGAAGGCCUGAAGCCUUUGGUGUAUGGAAAGACUUGAUUCUCUACUUUGUCGAUUAGAAAAAGUAACUAUUCUUCUUGAAGCAGCUAUCGUUAACAAUAUGUAUCGGACAUCACCAAUUAAAAUAUCUUCAGAAAGUGGAAAUCCUUCAUCAAUCAAGGAAUUUCAUGAAAUAGUCACUGGCCCUUUAUCGGAAUACGUACGUAAUAGUUUCGAAAUUGGAGAUAUUGUUGGAAAUCACGCCUCCAUGGUUAAACAAUGUUUUUUGAUGCAAGAAGGAAUAAUCAAAUUGGCAGCUGAAUGCUCAAAACCUUCUGACUCUGAACUUAAGCUUAUUAUAACACCAUUAGGAAAUUUAAUAGAAGAAGUUAUCAAAUUUAAGGAUAAUAAUCGAAGCAGUAACUUUUUUAACCAUCUUUCAGCUGUGGCCGAGUCUGUUACAGCUCUAGGCUGGCUAAGUGAUACUGUUGCACCAUCGACGUACGUUAAAACCAUGCAAGAAGCCAGUGAAUUCUUUACGAAUCGUGUUCUUAUGGAAUACAAAAACAACGACACAAUUCAUCGUGCUUGGAAAAAAUCUUUAAUGUCUGUUUGGACUGCAUUACAAGUUUAUGUUAACAAACAUCAUACCACUGGUUUGGUUUGGAAUGCUCGUGGUAAACCAGCUGUAGCAUCGAAGCUGUCUAAGUCCUCGCCCACUCGUGAAGUUAAUUCCAAUUGUUCUGCACCAUCGCCCCCUGUACUUACAGCUUCUCAUUUAGCUGCAAUGUCAUUGCAAGCAAACGAUAGUGCAAUACAGUCUAAUUUAUUCGCUGAUCUGAAUCGUGGAACAGCGGUGACAUCUAAUCUGCGCAAAGUGACUGACGAUAUGAAAACACAUAAAAAUCCCAAACUUCGUGAAGGACCUAUUAUCCAUACAUCACGAAAUCAAGUGAACUCAUCAUCGAAUGACCCCACCGUUCGACCACCAUCUGAGAAAGAGCCAUCGGGGGCUGGAUGUUUGGAGCUAAGGGGUAACAGAUGGAUUGUAGAAAACUUUCAGUCUGCCGGAAAUUUACAAAUUGUUAGUACUGAAACAAAACAAACAGUUUGUAUUCAUAAAUGUAACGAAUGCACAGUUCAAAUUAAGGGGAAAAUUAAUUCAAUAAUGAUGGAUAAUUGUAAGAAAACCGGUGUAGUCUUCGAUCAUCUGAUCUCAUCUAUUGAUGUGGUGAAUUGUCAGAGUGUUAAAAUUCAGUGUCUUGGACAACUAUCAACCGUGAAUAUUGACAAGACAGAUGGAUGUCAAGUAUUUUUAAGUGAAGACUCAAAGUAUGCUGAUGUGAUCACAGCAAAAUCUUCAGAGAUCAAUAUCCUCAUACCUAAAGGAACUGAUGAUUUUGAAGAGUUCGCAGUCCCAGAACAAUUUAAAACAAAUUUUACUGGAAAAGGAUUAAAAACAGUGUGUAGUGAUUCUAGAUAAAAAAUGUUACUUCAAUGUUCGUCAUACACACACGUCAACAAUAUUGAAAAUUUUCAUUUUAAACAGCCACUUUAUCUUGCUUCAUGUACUAGUACAACAUUUUUGUUCAAGCGCAAUAAAACACAGUGCUUUUCUUGAUAGUUUAAUUUGUUUGACUGUGUCAAUCUUUGACUUUCAAUAUCAGGCACCUGUUGUUUUAUCUCUUUUAAUAGUAUUUGCUUUUUUAUUGCUUGUUUAAAAUAUACAUGUGAUGAUUUUUACAUCGAUCUGUCUAAUCCGUCAUCAUUAUUGUGUGGUUAGUCUGUUUAUUGUGCAAUGCUAAGAUGCAAUUUCAUAAGUAAAAUAUUAAAUAACGUUAAGAAUAA